CUCAUGGCUCACUUUCUUCGUUUGCCUUCGUCUACUCUCGGAUUCCUGAUUUCUCGCAAUCUUGACUAGGUCGAUUCCACAAUUGUUAUGCUUCAGAAAGAUCCAAAACUAUUUCAUGUCCUUUCGUUUUCGAAGGGCACGGACUCAUCCGGUCGGACACAAAGCUACAAGACUCGAAAGUCGCAUUCAAAGUCACUAAAUGGAUGCGUCAUAUGUAAAAAGCGGCGAGUGAAGUGUGAUGAGCAAACGCCUUCAUGCCGCAACUGUGUCAAGCGGGGCAUCACAUGUGUCUAUCACAAUGAUGUUCUUUCGCCUCGAAUCGCCCAAAAUCCCCAGAACAAAGUCCAGACAGGAUGGUGCUCACAGAUGGAUUCAACCUUAUUUCGCUAUUUCGUCAACGUUGUUGGCGAUACCAUGACCCCGAUGUCGUGUCGGUCGUCAGCCUUGGCCCGAGUUAUUGACAACGCUAUGAAUGAACCAUACGCUAUGCAUUCCAUGCUUGCAGUCUCUGCAUGCCACUAUCGCUAUCACAGAAAGUCACCCAUGCAAAAGUGUCUGAGCGAGAAUUUCCAUUCAAUGCACGCAUGCGCACGACUAAGACGCUCCCUAGACAUGCCACAGGUAGACAACGUUGAUGCCGUUGUCAUAUCGACUCUUUUCCUCGGUUACCUGUCCUUUGCAGAUACCACAGAAGACUUCGGUGUGCCUUUGAGGCAGCGCGAGGUUCCUUUCUUCUGGCUCAGAAAUCAAAUUGGCCUCGAAUCGCUGGUGCACCUGUUUCAAGCUAAAGCCAGCAUUCGGAAGUCGUCGCUCGGCAUGUUUGAAGACGUCGCGGACGCCAUCCUUAUGUUGGACGACAAAAAGCCCGCGACAGAUUCCAUACCAGCAGACCUUGCAACCUUGUUCGACAUCAGAGAAGAUUCUAGUAGCAAUGAUCACCCUUAUCUGAGUGCUCUUCUCAGACUCCGGCACCUCUUGGCCCUUAAUCCUGACAACGAACUGGCAGUCGUCCUGUACAUGCAAUUCAUGGAAGGUGUGUCUCAACAUUUCCUUCAACUUCUCGAUACGUUAGAUCCUAAAGCUCUCAUGCUUUUAUCAUACUGGUUGGCCUUGCUAUGUUCAAACAAUUGUUGGUGGUCACGCGUGCGGGCCAAGAAUGAAUGCUGGGCAGUUUGUGAGCACAUUGACACGUUUGGGGACGAACUCUUGUGGAAGUUUAUGGACUUUCCAGCAAAUGCUUGUGGCUAUCCCUACAGUGGGACUUCCUCAGCUGGUAGAGAUGUGGUUCUAAGGAUCAGAUGCGAUGCAUAGCACAAGUGGAGAAUAUCAAGUUAUACCG